UCAUCAGCCUAUAUAACAGCUGACUCCAGCACAGAAACACAAGUCGCAUUCAUCGAGGAAGCAUGAGGUCUUGCAGUCUGUGCAUCAUACUAAGCUUGGCAGUAGCAGUUUACUGCGUGCCAAUAUCAGAAGUUUCUGUGCAAGAUGAAAGUUUUGCAGAGAGCUACCUGAAGAAAUUCUAUAACCUAACAGAGGAGACCGGCCCAUCUAUCAGACGGGGGAUCAGCCCGGUGAGCAGGAAGCUGAGUGAGAUGCAGCGAUUCUUUGGUCUCAAGAUCAGCGGGAGGCUGGAUGCUGAUACCUUAGAGAUGAUGAAGAAGCCCCGCUGUGGCGUUCCAGACAGCAAAAUUGCCGGUUUCUCCACCUUUGGAGAAAACAAGUGGAAGACAAACAGCCUUACCUACAGGAUAGAGAACUACACACCUGACAUGUCUGUGCCAGAGGUAGAUGACUCCAUAGAGAAAGCGCUGCAGGUUUGGGCCAAAGUCACUCCUCUGAGAUUCACAAGAAUCUACAGUGGCACCGCUGACAUCAUGAUCUCCUUUGGCCGCCUUGCACAUGGAGAUUAUUACCCUUUUGAUGGGCGUGAUGGCACUCUUGCCCAUGCCUUCGCCCCAGGCCCUGGCAUUGGAGGAGACGCUCAUUUUGAUGAUGAUGAGACCUUCACUUUCCGCUCAAACAAAGGCUACAUCCUCUUCAUGGUGGCUGCCCAUGAGUUUGGCCACUCCCUGGGCUUGUCUCACUCUAAUGAUCCUGGUGCUCUCAUGUACCCUGUGUACAUAUACAGAAACCGUGACACCUUUGUUCUGCCCCGGGAUGAUGUCAACGGCAUCCAGUCUCUCUAUGGUCCAAAUCCUGAUAAGGAUCCCUCUGUGGCUAAACCUCAGCCCCCCACCACUCCAGAUGCCUGUGAUUCAACCAUGGUUUUGGAUGCUGUCACCACCCUGCGAGGAGAGAUGCUUUUCUUCAAAGACAGCUUCUUCUGGCGUAGCUACCCCCAGAGCAGCACACCUCAGCAAAGUCUCAUCACAAACUUCUGGCCCAAUGCCCCCAUCAACAUCGAUGCUGCUUAUGAAAGCCAACAGUCAGACAGAAUCUUUUUAUUUAAAGAUCGUAGAGUGUGGGCUUUCAGUGGCUAUGAUCCUGUACGCGGCUAUCCUAAAACACUUACCAGUUUUGGUCUGCCAAGAGGCGUGAAGAAAAUCGAUGCGGCCCUCUAUGAUGUGAAAUCUGGAAAGACUCUGUUCUUUGUAGGCAACUAUUACUUUAGUUAUGAUGAGGCCAAAAAGACUAUGGACCAGGGAUUCCCCAAGCGAUUGGAUGAGACCUUCCCCGGCCUGACCGGCAAGGUGACUGCAGCUUUCCAGUACAGAGGUUUUACAUACAUCUACAGUGGACCCAACGUGUUUGAGUACAACCUGAGGACGAGGAGGCUGUACCGGGUGCUGAGGAAAAGCUACUUCUUGCGCUGCACUAAACGUCUAGGCCAGUUUGCUGGCUAAGUUGUUUAUGUAGCCACACUGAAUGAGAAUGAAUGUACACUAACAGUGUUGAAAAAGUACAUUUUAAAUAUUUCUAUUAAUCUAUAGAUCUAAAUCUAUUUUCAACUUUUAAGUCUAUCAAACUUAUUUAGAGCUGUACACAUACAGUAGGCUAUUCAAAGAAUAUAUUAAUAAAAUGUUUUUUAUAUUAUUUUUAUAAAUUGUCUACAUGUCUGUUAUAUGUACUUUGCAGCGCUGGUGCUGUGUAUGAGACUUUUCAGUCAUCCUGGAAAUCAGAUAUUUAGUAAAAAGUUAAAUCUGAGUUGCUUCUACAGUCAGGAACUUUCUGAUUAAGCCUCUGAUUAGUGAUGAAACAUCUUGAGGAUCUUUCUUCAAGACAGCAAGUCCACUUGCAUUUGACCUAUUACUAGUAAUAUUGCUACUGUUCUUCGUAUCUGUAAUCUAAUGAUUAUAGAUGAUCUGGAAAGCUGUGCAUGGCAUCAAUAAAUACAUCAAGCAAUUCAUCAAUUGAUACGUAAUUGGACAAUAAAAUCAGGAUUAACAAAGGUCUUAGAUAUUUACAAUUAAUACAACAUCAAUACAAAAAUCAACCUUUGUCAUGGCUCUCAGGUCCUCCAUACUGGAUAUAUGAUCUUAUGUAUGCAUGUAAAACUGUAACAAUUUUGGCCCCAUCAAUUUACAAAUAAAAAAUGUUUAGUAAGACA